AUGGAGAUGCUUCUAGCGGGGAUGGCGGCGCGCGGAAGGGGACAAGCGGGGGUGGGGGAAGAGGAGCCAGAGGCUGUAUGCGUGGCGGUGUAUCUGCCACCCCAUUGGUUCCCCUGCUCCGACUCGCCAGCUGGCUGCCAGCUGGCAGUGUGGGUCCGCCCUGCGUCGUCCGACGUGGCGCUCCUCUACCACCUGCUCGACACGCGCGCAUUCCGCUUCCUGCGCCCCUCGCUGCUCCCCCACUUCCGCCCGUCCGCCAUCCUUGAUGCCGGUGCCAACAUCGGCCUCGCCUCCCUCAUCUUUGCCAUUCGCUUCCCGGAUGCGCUGAUAGUGGCAGUGGAGCCGGCGCGGGACAACUUCGCCCUGCUGCAGCGCAAUGUGAAGCACCUCCCCCAGAUACUGCCAGUCAAUGCCGCCCUCUGGUCGCACGACACCCGGAUAGCCGUCACUGCGGGCCGAAGGGAGGGCUUCUGGGCGUACGAGACACACGCGUGUGGGGAGACGCAGCAAUUACAUCAAGGGCAGGAGACACAGCAGCAACUUGUGCAGCAGCAGCAGGACCAGUGGCAGCAGCAGCAGCAGCAAUCCAGCAGCAACAUGGGAUCUCCGUCACUGCGAUCCUCUGCUGCUGCUGCUGCUGCUGCUGCUGCUGCCAACCACUCUCCUGCUCCCCCCUCCCCCUGCAUGCCGGCUGUCUCGGUGCCGUCGCUGCUGCAGCGCGUGCAGCUGCCACGCUUUGACUACAUGAAGAUUGACAUUGAGGGCGCUGAGAAAGAGGUGUUCUGCUCUGCAGCUGGAGCAGGAACAACAGAUGCAGCAGCAGCAGCAGCAGCAGCGGGGGGGUGGCACCGUGAUGCGGCAGUGCUGUCAGUGGAGGUGCAUGAGGACUUGGCGCCGGGGAUAGGCGCGUGCAUGGAGGGGGUGUAUCCACGCACGCGGUACGACGUGCGCACGUAUGGGGAGAACACUGUGUACUUUAGCCCCCACGUGUGGGUGCAUGCGCUGAAACCACUGGAUCUGAGCGUGCGGUGA